CAAACACUCACAAAUGGAGACUACUGAUGAAGAACAAAAGCUAGAAGAGCAGAUUCAACAAAUGAAACUUAGAUUUGCCGAAGGAAUCAAACUUUGAAUUUGAAAUUGGAGCACUUUGACCACGGCGAUGGAGAACGACUUCUCUAAAGCAAAUGAUGAUGUGUAUACUGAGAUCAAGGAGCUUAUGGAGGAAGGAGCUCUUGAUAGCCAGCCAGAAGAGAAAGAUGCCAUUGAGAAGUAUUUAAUCGUUGAUUCGCCUUGUGAAACUGAAGAAGAGAAAAGAGAUUAUCUCAUACAAACAAUUUUCGACCAGAUGAUUAACUACCACACAACCAGAUCCGAACUCGAAGAAUACAUCACCGAAUUCAUGACCGACGAGUUCAACAUAGAAUUCUCCACCUCAGAUCAAUCCCACAAAGAAAUAGUCGACACCGUCUUCCUCCUCUACGACCAGCUCAAAUCCCAAAACCUCUCCACCCUCGAAGACCUCCGCACUCUCGACCAAAAAGUAAAAGACUACAACCUCCAAAAACUCAAGAACGAAAUCGAAGCCCAGAAGAACUUCGAAUCCCACAUGAAAGAAAUCCAACCCGAUGCCAGCCAGGAAGAAACUGACGAACAGAUGGAUGACGAAGAGAGGAAGAAACUUGAAGAUGAUGGCUUCACUGUUGUGGAGAAGAAGGGCAAGAAGAAUAGAAGGAAGAAAUAAGUGUGGUAGUUAAGAGUGGAGUAGAGUGAGUUCAAUGGGGAGUUUG